AUGGCAAACCGGUUCGACGAGUUUCAUACCGUAAUUGAUAAAUUAGACAUUGCAUACCAGCGACUCACUACGGACUCCAAUGAAGAUCUCGCUUCGCAGUGGAACACUAUUAGUCUCAAACUUCUAAAAACCCUCAACGACUUUUACAGAGAUCGAACCACCAGUUUUGCCGAUAUACGGAAGAUUCAGACUCUCAUUGUUAAAUUGACCUCUCAACGUGCUGUGUCAAACCCUUCAAUUCGAGGCGGCUCGCACGACGCUCCGGCCAUUCAAUGGAAUGAUUUGGAAUCUGCGUUCGAGAAGCUUUUGAUCACCGGAGUAAUCACCAACGUUCGAAUCGGCGAUCUAAAACUAUUCCUCACAGCUGCAUACACAGUUAUUUUCGAGAAACUCAACACAUUGCUUCGCCAGCAUCACCAUCUGAAAGUCAACACCACGCUAUCUGCAACUUUUGUCCUGGAUGUGAAAUCCGAAACAAAAUUCUUCCAUACGAAGAACGCCACUCUUCAAACAACCUCGAAUCUGGCGGAAUGGUACGAAGAGUAUGUUGCAUCACCUCUACUGGCUCAAAUCGAAGAAUUUCAGGAGCGCGAUAGUGGCUGGGCCUUGAUUAGUAUACAUGACUUAUUAGUUAACAUUGAAAAGUAUGAGCCGUUGGUAGGUUCGAUGUGGAUAAACUUGCCGAGCGAUAUUAAGGUUAAAAAAGCCGUGGUUAAUGUUCAAAAUGCCGAUAACGCUUGUUUUGCUUGGGCUUGCGUAUCCGCUCGACAUCCUGCUGCUUCACACGUGAAUCGAGUAACUUACUACCCCCAUUACAAUCAAGUAUUCAAUUUCACUGAAAGGGGGAAGCGGCAUCAAGUCGUACCACUACUCAUCAGUCGGUAUGAAAACCCAAAUAUCGAACACAACAACUUGCUCAUGCUACACGAUGAAAACUUUGACGAUGAAUCCUCCCAUGAAAGAACACACUUCUGUUGGAUUAAAAAUUUAUCGCGACGAGUCAAUCGUCAAUUAAACGCACCAAAAUUGCUCGCGCACAGGCUUGGUUGCAGUCCAGAUACACCUUGUAAACUCACGCUUCCAGAUCAGUUCAACAAGUGGUUACAGUUUGUGAAUUACUCGAACAAAAUGCAAGUACCAUACAUAGUUUACGCAGAUUUUGAGUGUUUGUUGGAGAAAUCCUCACAGUCUUCUGAAUCAUCGCAUACGAAGAUAUAUCAGAAACAUGUACCAUAUAGCGCUGAAUUCGAAAACGCUGAAGUAUGUCACAUUUGCGAGCUAAAAUUUGUGCAUCUAAAUGAUCGCGUGACGGAUCAUUGUCAUGUUAGAGGACUAUAUCGUGGGCCUGCACAUUCAAAUUGUAAUCUGAAUUACAAACUCAAUCGCACCGUACCCGUUGUGUUCCACAACUUGAGUGGUUACGAUGCGCACUUCAUAAUCGAUGAAUUGGCUAAUAUUAAAUCAUCCUCGCUCAGUGUUCUACCAAUUACUAAAGAAAAGUACAUAGCAUUCACCCAGACGUUUCACAGCCUCGCCGUAAGACUUCAAUUCAUCGAUUCUUAUCGGCGUAUGAGUUCGAGUUUAGCCGAACUAAGUUCUUACCUGCGGCACAAUGAUUUAACGAAUUUGAAAUGUCAACUCCCCAACGCCACAGAUUCGCAAUUCAAUCUUCUAACCCGCAAAGGGAUAUUUCCGUAUGAUUACGUGACCGAAGCUGACCGACUGAACGAACGCUCAUUACCCUCGAAAGAAUCAUUUUAUAACGUAUUGAACGACCAAAAUAUUGAAGACGAAGACUAUGCUCAUGCACAGAACGUUUGGCACAGUUUUAAUAGUGAUUUGUAUCUGAAAAUUGACGUAAUGCUCCUCCCAGACGUCUUUCAAAAUUUCCGCGAUAAUUGCCUUCGAAUAUAUAAGCUAGAUCCAGCACACUACUGUACCUUACCCGGUUUUACUUGGGAUUGCAUGCUUUUCAACACCAAAAUUCAGCUGGAAUUGCUAACGGACGUUGAUAUGCUGCUGUUCAUUGGAGGAGGCUUGCGUGGAGGAUUGAGUCAAUGCUCGAAUCGAUACAGUAAAGCGAAUAAUAAAUGUAUGACAGAUUACAAUCCGCAGUUGGAAACCAAAUCAUUGCUCUACUUAGACGUAAAUAAUUUAUAUGGUUGGGCGAUGUCUCAGUACCUGCAUUGUAGAAAUUUUGAAUGGGUGCAUCGAGUACAUGAUUUUGAUUUCAUGCACGUUGGCGAAGAGUCUGAUGAUGGAUACAUAUUGGAGGUAGAUUUCGAAUAUCCCACCAAUGUUUACGUAUUACAUCAAGACUUACCCUUUUGUCCAAAUCAUCAAAAACCCCCCGGUGGGAAAACUCCGAAACUUUUAGCUACGUUGCAGAACAAGACACGUUAUGUUAUACAUCAUCGUAAUUUGCAACAGUGUGUGACAAACGGUUUGAUAUUGCGUAAAAUUCAUAGAAUAUUGAAAUUCAAACAAUCAGCAUGGUUAAAGAGUUAUAUUGAUUUGAACACGGCGUUAAGAGCCAAAAGUGCUAACAAAUUCGAACAGAAUCUGUACAAACUGAUGAACAACGCGGUAUUUGGUAAAACGAUGGAAAAUGUUCGUAAAUAUUCCGACGUCAAGUUAGCGCAAAAAUGGCAUGGACGUUGCGGUGCCAAAGCACUAAUAUCGCGACCAAAUUUCCACAGUCGAAGUAUAUUCGAUGAAAAUUUCGUUGUGAUACAGCUGAACAGGCUCGGAGUGAUAUUUAACAAGCCAAUUUACGCCGGAAUGGCCAUUCUAGUUUUAUCCAAAAUUUGCGUCUACGACUUUCAUUAUUUUUUCAUGUUACCAAAGUUGAAAUCAAAUUGUAAGUUAAUGUAUACCGAUACGGAUAGUCUUAUUUAUGAAAUAAAAUCUUGCGACGUUUAUGAAUUCAUUCGCAACAAUAUUGACAGAUUCGACACCAGCGAUUAUCCUGCGGAUAAUAUUUAUAAAAUCCCUCAGGUCAACAUAAAAGUUGUAGGACUAAUAAAGGAUGAGAGAAAUGGCGAAAUAAUGACUGAAUUUGUCUAA